AUGCCGGAGGAGAUCUGGCGCUGGUUCCAGUAUCGCUGGGGCGUGUGCCGAGCGGCGAAGCCAAACAGAGGGCACCAGGCCUUGGUGGAGCUGGAGGGCCUGAUCAGCAUGACGCUGGUGACCCAGAAUAUCGAUGGCCUACACGUGCAGGCAGGCUCCAACCCUGACCGCAUCUGCGAGAUCCAUGGGAGGAUCGACGAGAUGCGCUGCGACGAUAGAGUUGAAGGUUCCUGCCUGCACGGCCUCGACCUGAACGACCCCGCCAACGGUGAGAAGGCGCGGGCCACAGUGGUCAAGUCCCCAGCGCCCGCUGCGAAGCAGGAGAAUGAGCGCCUCCCGUCGUGCUCGCGCUGCGGCAAGCGGCAGCGCCCCAAAGUCCUGUGGUUCGACGAGAGCUACAACCAGGCCCUCUACCGCAGCAAGACCGCGCUGCGGGCCGCCGAGGAGUGCGACGUGCUGCUCGUGGUCGGCACGCAGCUGACGACCGGGCUGCCACAGCGCAUGGUCGCGGCGGCCCGGAGCGCCGGAGCGCUGCUCGUCUGCGUGGACCCCCUGGUGGAGCUCGCGGACCCGGCCUUCGCAGGCAUGCUCCACCUCCGCGACGAGAGCGGCCGCGCGCUGCCGAGGCUGCUGGCGGAGCUGCGCGCGCUGCAGGCGGAGCCGCUGCCGGCGCCGCUCGCCGCCGCCGCGGGGCCCCGCGGCCCGGAGGCGGCGGGCGCCCCGGCGCCGCCCCGGGCCACCGCUCCCGCGAGGGCGGCCUCCGCCACGGCCUCGGCGUCUGCUGCUCGCGCGCUCGGCGAGGGGGCGGUGGCGCCGUCGGCCCCGCGCGGCGGCGGCCCCCGCCGGGCCGCGGCCGCGCCCGCGCCCGGGCAGCGGGGGCGCCCGCGGGCCCACCGCCCCCGCGCCAGGCGGCACUCGGUCGGCCCGCGCCGCCUGCGGGGCCGCGGCGGGGGCAGCGGCGUGGCGCCGGCGGCGGGCGGGCACCGCAGCUCCACCCGCUGCCGGGGGAGCGCGGGCCACCCGGCGGGCUUCUUCGUGUACGGCACGCUCCGGCCCGACGACGACUCCGGGGCGGGGUGGGCCGCCGCCUUCCGCGCUGGCAUGGAGGCCGAGGCCGCGGUGCUGGCGGGCGCCUCGCUGUACCUGGACGGGGGCUACCCGUCGGUGUGCCUGGAGCACACCCGCUGCGAGGUGCGCGGAGUGCUGCUGAGGCCGCUGGGGGGCUGCGACGUCCAGGCCGCGAUGUCCGAGAAGCUCGCCGAGGCGGACAGGAUCGAGGGGUACCCCGGCCUGUACCACCGCGACGUGGUGCUGGUCAGCGUGGCAGAGGGGGGGGGCGCGCACCGGAAAGAGCUGGCCUACCUGUACCACCGCACGGGCCGCACGGACCGCGAGAGGUGUGCCUGUAUCGCGGACGGCGACUGGCUGUCGCGGAGGCGCCCCGACACCUGA